AAUGUGGGUUGGCCAUUAUCAUGAGUGUCAUGCACCUAUUUCACCGGCUCAGAGUGCCAUUUACUGUCAUUCAAUAUUGAAGCAUAUAAAUAGAACUGUGGUUGGAUCUGGUUGUUCACGACAUACUGCUCUUCACUCUCAAUAUAAUCGUUUACCCAGUUUUAUUCAGUUCCAGACAUCUGCUUUCUCCAACAUGAGUGUAUUUUAUCAGGAAGAGCAACCCCGUCAAUCCAAGAGAUGCAAGUUCCUAGCUACAGUUCUGAAGGAAGCAUUUUCCAAUUGCCGUACAUUCAAUGGACGGCGGACUGAUUCAGGUCUAGAGGAAGAAUUUUCAACAAGCGACAUCAAUGAUGUAUCCCAAGAAGUUGUUUCCGAAAUUCGAAGUCGAGCAAUGGAGAAGAUGAAGCACAGGCCGAGUCUAGUAGCAGAAAGCUUUUCAUGGGUAUUAUCUCCAUCAAAGCAGGCCAAAGGACGAGACAAAGAUGAAAGAGAAGAAGAAACAGAUGAAUUCUUUUCUAUUGGGAGUUGUUUCUCCUUGUGUCCGAGUGCUGCUAGUAGGGAAGCAUUUCUAUCGGCUAACACGGAUUUUUCCCGUUCUUCGAGCAUAAACAAGAUCGAUUUCCCGGAGAUAUGGAAAUUCGAUUUCCGAGAUUUUAGCUGGCGAUCAAUCAUUCACGAACUGUGUCAUUGUGAAGGGUGGCCAUUUGGGUUAUGCAAGAAGAUUGUGUUACUCCCGCCUCUGCCUAAAUCCCCUUCUGAGUCUUGGUCUUGGCGUAAAGGCACCAAAUUGAGAUGCUAAGUCGCCAUAUUGUCUAAUUAUACUUGACAUUGUUGAGCACUGUUGAAUCCAAUGAAAGCAGCCAUAUAACAA